AUGUCCCGUCCGUCUCUCCGGAAACAUUUGAACGCCCUUUCGCGGCUCGCGGGCUCUCACUACGCCUUCAGUGGCGGCUCUCACGCCACCGCCACCGAGCUCCUCAAGCCUUCUGACGACGUUUCGCGUGCUCAGAACUGGGACAAUCGCCUGUGGGCGCACGAGGAGCCCGUCUGGAAGCCGUAUAAACUUGGAGAAACCCCCGGCUAUGCACCUUUACAGCUUGGAGAAUGUCUCGUCGGUAUGCACGCGCAAUACAGAAUUAUCCGAAAGCUCGGCUGGGGAGCCGAGUCUAACAUCUGGCUGGUGGAGCGGGUGGCUUCAAAACAUUCCACUCUAGAGCUUGGGAGGCUUCUCGUGGCCAAGGUCCUGACCGCUCACGCCUCCGAGCUCGAAUUCGGCAAAACUACCUGUCAAAUGCCUCUGUUGAACGAGAUCAACCAUCAUUCUAACCCGAGAGAGGAGGGGUACAUUAUUGGCUCGGACCACAUUAUCGCUAUGGCUGAUUGGGGUGCCCAUCAGAGCCGACACGGUAUUCAUGCAUUCUCUAUCAUGCUGCCGAUGUCGACCACGGUGCACAACGUGCGGCGCACAUUCCGGACGGUCGACCCCAGCCGCGAUGUAAUGCUCGUACGACGUGUCCUCAUGCAGAUGUGCUUCGCCCUCGGGUGUGUGCACGAAUUAGGCUAUAUCCAUGGAGAUGUCAAGGCCGACAACAUCAGCGUACCUUUGUUCGCCACAUCCAUCCCUGAUCUAAAGAGGUACUUGGAGGAAGUGCCAGCGGAGAGUCUCCCUCCACGCAUUUUCCCUGAGCACAGCCCGGAUCCGAUCACUUGCGUCAAGUCGCAGCCUUAUCCUCCGAUUGGGAACGACCACGAUGUGCACAGAAUCUUCCUCAAGCUAGGCGACUUCAGCAGCGCGAUCCGCGCGUCUACGAAUACCACCGGCCUGCGGGCCAUGCCCAGGAUGCUACGUGCACCGGAGAUCAUACUGGGGCAUCGCUGGGGCCAACCCAUCGACGUUUGGGCACUUGGAUGCUUGACUGCAGAACUUCUUCUCCACGAAUCACUCUUUCAUCCAGGUAAAGACGAGGACGAUGCGACCGACAGCGAGCAUCUUGCGCAAAUGAUCGACGUGCUCGGUCCGUUCUCUGGGGAGGUUCUCGCGAACAGUCCGCUGAGAGAUAAAUUCUUCAAUGCCAAUGGUAUGCUAAAGCUUCUUGACGGGGCAAAACGAACCCCCCUUUCCCCUCUCCGCCAUCGUCUCGCCAAAGCCGGAUUGACUGGCACGACGCUCGAUGAGGUGGACGCGCUUCUGCGCCGGAUGCUGACGCUGGACCCAGACUGGCGACCCGCUGCGAGAAGGCUCUUUGGUGACCCUUUCAUCAAAGGCUUCGAUCUCAACACAAAUUCUUUCCGCUGA